UUCCUCCACUUCCUCCACAUCGGUUCGGCCUGACUUUUCUGACGUCAUGGCCGCUACCUCUAGCCUCUUGGCCAUCUCGCGGCUCCUAGUAGCCGCUGCGUGGUCUCGGCUUGUGGUACGCAGCAUGGCGAAACUGCCCGGAACCGGCCCGACCCUGGGUCCUGGCCCAGGGGACUGCGAGCACGACCCGGAUUCGGAUUGGGAGCCGGAGCGGGAGCUGCAAGAGUUGGAGAGAUGUCUGAAACAACAGAAAAAACAAAUUCUGUUCCAGAAAAUUGGGAGAGAGAUGAUGGCCUCAGGUGCCCCACAAAGGAUCCUGAGCAGGAAUGCCAUGGUGCAGAUCAGGUAUUUACAUAAGGAAUUCUCUAAGGAUUGGUCAGUUUCCAGAUUAGCUGAAGGCUUUGGAGUCAGCACUGAUGUGAUCAGAAGGGUUUUAAAGAGUAAGUUUGUUCCCACAUGGAAGCAGGAAAUAAAACAAGAUCAGAAGAUUCUCAGCAAAACUAGGAUCAUCCACCAUCCACAGCAGAAACUGACCUCACGGGAGCAGCCAAUACUACCAGCUUUUACAGGUUACCUGGUCUCAGGAUCUCGGCUAAAGUCAGGAUGUGAGGCUCUGCCACCAUGUGUCCAUCGAAAAGGCCAAUAUUACAAUUCAACUUUACCAGAAAUGGAGAGGAAUUCUAAAGCUUGGAAAAUCAAAAGAAGCCAGAAAGUUAGGGGCAAAGUAUCUCAGAGAUUGGGGAGGGAGAAGUGGGCUGGCUACUAAGUAAGGAGAAAGAAGAGGAGGUGGUAAAGAAACCAGAGACAGGUGGUGAGGAAUUCAGCAGCAAAGUAUUUCAGAAAGGGAAGAAUUUCUUUGAUAGCAAACUUUCUUUAUAGGAUCUGAGCAG